GGAAAUUUAUUGGCGCCAUAAACCUUGCUUAACUCGAUCGCUUCUCUGGUGUGUACUUACUUUCUCGGUACGAGAACGUUGAAAAUGGAGAAUGAUGGGAGAUCCAGUGAGAAAAAUCUUUACGAGGUUCUUGGUGUUGAAGCAACAGCAUCUCCACAAGAGAUAAGGAAAGCGUAUCAUAAGUUAGCAUUGAGACUUCAUCCUGAUAAAAACAAGGACGAUGAGGAAGCUAAAGAGAAAUUUCAGCAGUUGCAAAAGGUUAUUUCAAUUCUCGGUGAUGAAGAGAAAAGAGCAGUCUAUGAUCAAACUGGCUCAGUUGAUGAUGCUGAUCUUUCGGGAGAUGUGGUUGACAACUUGAGGGACUUCUUCAAGGCAAUGUACAAGAAGGUCACGGAGGAAGAUAUUGAAGAGUUUGAGGCCAACUACAGGGGUUCUGAAUCCGAGAAGAAUGAUUUGAUUGAGCUAUAUAAGAAGUUUAAGGGUAAAAUGAGCAGGAUUUUCUGCUCAAUGCUUUGCUCAAACCCCAAGCUUGAUUCACACCGUUUCAAAGAUCUUAUUGAUGAGGCCAUUGCAGCUGGAGAAGUGAAAUCAACAAAAGCUUACAAGAAAUGGGCGAAGGAAAUUUCAGAAAUGGAACCUCCCACGAAUCCUCAGAAGAUGAGACGGAAAGCAACAAAGGGUGCAGAUAAAGAUUUAUACGCUGUAAUUUCGCAGCGAAGAGAUGAGAGGAAAGAGAAGUUCGAUUCAAUGUUCUCGUCACUUGUGUCUAGGUAUGGUAACAAUGCUGACUCUGAGCCAAAUGAAGAAGAAUUCGAAGCUGCACAGAGAAAAGUUGAAAGCCGGAGAUCGUCGAAGAAGUCGAGAAAAAAGUAAGAUUAUGUAGAUUGUGUUUGUAAUGGAAACCAAUAUUAGGGAAAUUGGAACACAUGUUUGCUGUUUAAGUUUGAAAUUUGUGUUAACUGUGUAUGUGAAUCUGUAUCGUAAUUUCUGCUCUCUCUAAGCCCAAAGAGCGUCAUAGACUCAUAGGCAGAGAUGAGUAAAUUCAAUUUCACCGAUUUUUCAAUCCUAUAUUUUAAACAA